UCCCCCGCUACACACCGCCAGAGAUGAAACUCACUGAAGUUCUGAACGGUUCCGAGUCCAAACCAAACUAAAGUGGUAUGAACGACGGAGGCUGGUUUUGGUGCUUCGACGGCGCGGCGGUUCAUUCAAGAGUCCGGCCCUUCUUCCACCACAUCGACCCGCAGCGACCGGCGGCAACACCCGCCGCGUCUCGUCGCUAGAGCCUCGGGGUUCGGAGAGGAGCCCUGGUGGACCGCCACCAUGGCGAGCGGCAGCUUCACUAAAGACGACCUGCUGGAGGAGAACCGCGCCGACUCGGGCAUCGACUCGUUCCGCUCCAUUCUCAAGUCGGAGGAUCAGCCGGAGCACCGGAGCGUCGAGUUCAGCGGGCCACGGGACAAGUUGUCAGCCGUGGAGGAGCGUCUGGAUUCGGCCUACGGCUCCUCGUCUCUCACGGUGGAGAGUCUGUCAGAAAUAGUGGAGGGCUGCACGAUAUCUGCCCCCGAGGAGCAGCAGCAGCAGCAGCAGGAGAGCCAGAUCACCAGCAUUACCGAAGAAGGAGACACAGUCCUGCACUUAGCCAUCAUCCAUGAAGACGAGCCCUUCGCUCAGCAGCUGAUCCAGAUAUUCCCGAAGGAAGUUCUGGACAUCCAAAACAACCUGUACCAGAGCCCCCUGCACUUGGCCACAUACCUGAACCUCCCGACGGUGGUGAGGGGUCUGCUGGAGAAGGGUGUCAGUCUCCAUCUGCAGGACCAGGACGGCAACACGGCCCUUCAUGUGGCCUGUCAGCACGGUCAGAGCGUGUGCGCCUCUGAGAUGACCAGCCUGCUCUCCCACAGCCAGCUGGCACCCGUGCUGGAAAUACAGAACUGGAGAGGUUUCGCCUGUCUCCACUUGGCGGCGCUCAACCGACAACACGACAUCAUGAACCUCCUGAUGAGGAAAGGCGCAGACCUGAACAUCAAGGAGGGAACCAGCGGGAAAACUGCCCUCCAUCUUGCCGUGGAGCUGCACGAUGUGACCUCGGUGAAGUUGCUGCUGAGCAGGGGAGCAAACGUGGACGCCGCCAUGUUCAACGGUUGCACGCCGCUGCACCUGGCGGUGGGGAGGCAAGACGCCAUCAUCGCCACGCUGCUGUGCCAGUCCGGAGCCGACAUGAUGCUGCGGAACAUGGAGGACGAGACGGCGCUGGAUCUGGCCGAGGGAAACGACGACAUUUUGGCCAUAUUUCCUUUCGACGACAUCCAGAUUUCAGGCCGAGCGGUGGUUGGAUUGAACUUCUGAGCAGGAGGCGGCUUCAGCUACAACCAUUUUUUGGUCAUGAUUUGGCUUUUCAAGCUGAAGUUUUGUAGUAUUUUUUUAUUUAUGCAUCAGCCAGAACUGUGCACCACCUAACACCCCCCCCUCUAACAGAGUCCUCCUGCUUCACGGACCCUCCUAAACACUGUACUAGUCUUCUUUCCUCUGAUAUUUUGCUUUUUUAUUGCAUGACAAAUUCACUUUUAAUUCAUUUGUUUUUGGCAAAUCAGUGUAAACCUACCUCUUGUUCACUUCAAACUUAAACAUAAAUUGCGAUUUCAAAUCAGGGCCAGAUUGUCUCGGGUAACAUUUGAAUCAUUUCCCAACUUCAAAAUAUAUUUAUAUCACUCGUUCAUCAAAAACAUUUUUACCUUUUCCUUCCUACAUCACACUUUUUUUUACGAUUGCUUCAUAUUUUCUGUCUGUAUUUAUGGUUCAUCUGCCAAUCGCAAGAGAGCUGUUUGGCAUAAAUUACACUGGCCUACUUAAAUUAAACAAUAACCCCAUUUAUUUUGUAAUAAAAUAGAAAGCGAUCGUGUUGUUGUCGUCACUGACUCACGUUUAAACAGAAACCUAGACAGAUGACUUUUCUUCCAGGUCGGCUGGAUAUGGUUUCUCCAGGGAGUUU